ACUUUCGAAGAACGGUGUCGCGUCUCUCUCUUCGUCGGCAAAGCGUUUGGAAAAGUGAAACUGGAACUGAAAGGAGUGAGAGAGGGAAUAAUCUAGUAUCAUCCAAAGCAGUCUCAUAAGCUGUUGCGAGUUUAUAUAAUUGUUCGGAGGGAAGACGACAGAGAUGGCUGUGCAUCCCAAUCACACAAUUUACAUCAACAAUUUAAAUGAGAAGAUAAAGAAAGAUGAGCUCAAGAAGUCCUUGUACGCAAUUUUCUCACAGUUUGGACAAAUCCUGGACAUUGUUGCCUUAAAAACGUUCAAAAUGCGGGGUCAAGCCUUUGUCAUCUUCAAGGAAAUCAACAGUGCUGCCAAUGCUUUGCGGUCUAUGCAAGGCUUUCCAUUUUAUGAUAAACCUAUGAGAAUACAAUUUUCAAAGAAAGAUUCAGAAGUCAUCGCCAAGAUGAAGGGGACGUAUGUGGAGCAACCCAAACGCAGCAGAGACAAACACGAGGAUGAGGGUGGCAAGAGGAAGAAACGAUCCAAGGCUCAAGCAAAUGUGGAACAAAACCAAGCACCAGUGUCACAGGGACCUCCUCCUCAGAUUGCAGCCAGACCACCCCCACAGCUGAACCCUCCCGUCCCUGUUGCUCCCGUGGGUAUGCCCGCCCCAGUGGCAGCCCCGCCUGCUGUGAGCGCCAUCCCCGAACAGCCACCCAACCAGAUCCUGUUCAUCACCAACCUGCCCGAAGAGACCAACGAGAUGAUGUUGUCCAUGUUGUUCAAUCAGUUCCCUGGGUUCAAAGAGGUGCGUUUGGUGCCAGGCCGACACGACAUCGCCUUUGUGGAGUUUGAGACAGAUGUACAGGCCGGAGCAGCUAAAGAUGCCCUACAGAGCUUCAAGAUUACACCCACAAAUGCAAUGAAAAUUACUUUUGCCAAGAAAUAAACAUGGUAAAUCUUCACUCAUCCAUGUAAACUGAUAAAAGGUUAAAUACAUCUGUCAUUUCUGUGGUGGUUUUACUGUUUUGGAUCUAUAACUUUGAGCAAAUUGAUCCCAAUAAAUAUUUCUUUAUCUUUAGUUCCUCUACUCUGUGGUGUUGGUUCUUGUGCUGUAAACUGACACCAGGAGUGCCCAGUUGAGUAAAUUAUCCAUUAUGGGGGAUCUGAAAAAAGGAUUUCAAUUUAACUAAAACUCCGUCGCCAUAUUGUGAUUGUCAUUGUUGAUUCACAGUGCUCUUAUAUAGUGGUUUGUUGGAGAGGGUCACGACUAUUUCUCAGUUUUUCUGUGGAUGGUUGAAGGGUUCUGUUUCUGUACCAAUUCUGUUUUAUUUGUCUGCUCCUCUCUGAACACUAAAUGGUUGUUUUGUCGAUAUGUGUAUCUUUACUCCAACCUAAUCUUUUCUGUCCGUUACUGUUUAUGCUUUUUCCAACGAGGCAUUGUGUGGAUGGGAUUCUCAUCUAAAUUAAACACAUUCUUCUGUAGUCUGGACCACCAUCUUGUAUGUAAAGAGUGUUUGAUUAGAAAAGGUUGUAUCAUGUGCUGGUUCGCUGCUAUACUUGUGUUCUUUUGUAUGUGUCCUGUGUUAAACAUCAAAUCUUUUUUUGUGAUCAUGUCCUUCAUUACCAUCAUCUCUACUCAUACCACCCACAGGCAGAAUCCCAGUAAAGGUGUGUUGGUUUGAUUGUUUCAGGUGUAUCAUUUACGCUCUCACCGACUCUCAGAGAGCUGAAGUCGGGACAUGAUGCUCCUGUUAUGUUUCAUGUCCACCUUACUACAGGUAAUGCCAAAUGAUUUUGUGCAACAACAUCCGCAUGGGCUGUGGGCAGCCUUGCACUCCCGUCUGAUCGUGCCGAGUGCGUGUGGUGUGAGUGGUGCAAGUGUUUGUGUGUGGUGUGAUUGCGGGAAGAUGUGUAGCAGUAUGAUUAUCAAAGGCAUCCUACAUCUGUAUUAAUCUGCAGGGCUAGACAUUUUGUUUGACCAUGUUUUCAUACAGUCUAACCUUACUGUUGAUUGGAGCACAUCAAGCUCUCUACCAGGGAGAUUUAGUCAGGCUAUGAAGAUGAAAAGCUUCGGUUAUUUGUAUGUUCCAAACUUCAACGGCCAUCCCUCUGUGGUUCUUUAAAAUGUUCUCACCCUUCCUUGAGAGAUUUCCACCCAGCUCAAUUUCCUGUUGGCAGACAUGAAGCUCUGUCUCUGAAAUAACUUUUUAGAUAGGUCUACGAAACUAUUCACUGCUAUUGAGGCUCUCUCCCCCCAGAUCUUUUGUGACAAAAAAAAUAGAAGCGAGUGUGGUGCUGUCGAUAUUCAGGAAAGUAAUGUCUUAUUUUUCUUAGCCUCUUAUAGAGGAAUGGUUGUAGGCCUGGCUCCUCUCAAGUGUAAUGUCAACAUACAAAAUCAAUAGAGUUGUAUGAUGCCUUUGUAGAAGUUUGUUUCCUCGUUUUCUUCUGUUAUUGUGAGUAAGAGACGGCAUGAUCGGACAUUGCACCCCCUGCUGUUCCCACGGCUUUGCACACAUGUGGAAUUGUUCUUUGGAAUGAGCUGUUCUUAUGUUUUUAUGGAAUAAAAUUGUACCAAUUUUA